UGUGCAGUAGCACCACUUUCGAUGUCAAUGUCAGUUAUCACUGGUACGCAGUUAGUUCCUUUCUGUUCCGGUAAAUGGCAGGACUGGAUGAUGAGCAGUGAAAGAAAACAGCAGUAAUUAUCACAAUAACAGCUGUAUUUCUAAAACACCGCUGUAUUCAACAAUAUAAUAUGGAGCAGGAGUUUGAGGACAUGGAUUCGGAGGGCCGGUGGCAGAAUCUGUACCUUGAAAUUCGCAACCAGUCCCAUGAAUGUCCCUACAAGGUGGCCAAGUAUCCAGAGAAUCGGAAUCGAAACCGAUACAGAGACGUGAGCCCAUUUGAUCACAGUCGGGUUAAACUAGAAAAUACAGAAAAUGAUUAUAUCAACGCAAGUCUCGUUGUGAUGGAAGAAGCUCAAAGAAGUUAUAUUUUAACUCAGGGUCCACUCAGAAACACCUGCGGUCACUUUUGGCAGAUGAUCUGGGAGCAGAAGACCAAAGCUGUGAUCAUGCUUAGCAGGGUCAUUGAGAAAGGAUCAGAAAAAUGUGCACAGUACUGGCCGACACGUGAUGAGCGUAAGAUGUCCUUCAGGGACACACGCUUCCUGGUGGUACUGGAGUCUGAAGACGUUAAGUUCUACUACACGGUGCGGGUUCUGAAGCUUCAGAACAUGAAUACUGGGGAGAGCAGGGAUAUUUACCACUACCAUUACACCACCUGGCCCGACUUUGGAGUUCCAGAGUCUCCCGCCUACUUCCUCAACUUCUUAUUCAAGGUCCGAGCGUCAGGCUCACUGGGGACAGAUCAUGGGCCCGCAGUGGUGCACUGCAGUGCUGGGAUCGGCCGCUCAGGGACUUUCGCGCUGGUUGACACCUGCCUCGUCCUGAUGGAACUUAGGAAAGAUCCCUCAUCUGUAGACGUGAAGAAGGUCUUACUGGAGAUGAGGAAGUACCGCAUGGGCCUGAUCCAGACCCCCGACCAGCUGCGCUUCUCCUACCUGGCUGUGAUCGAGGGCUCCAGGUUCAUCAUGGGGGACGUGUCCGUCCAGAAACGAUGGCAGGAGCUCUCCAGAGAGGACCAGGAGCCUGCGUCGCAUUCUCCUCCCGCUCCCCCACUUCAGCCAGCCAAGCGGCCCUCAGAUAAGCUCAACGGCAUUCGGGGGCCCUACCUGGAGGAAGAGGUGCAGCCAGAGCUGGACAGAAUACCCUCCACAGAUGUGUCCUGCAGACAGCAGGAUGCCGACGUGAGCCCGGGCAACGUUCGAAAGCGGAAGAAAGAAGAGAAGAGCAUGAAGGUCCAGCCCAACAAGCUCAGGAAUGAGCCUGAGAGGAAGAGGAAACGAUACGCCAGGUCAUGGCACAUAAGUGUCAGAAGGUUGCUGUGAGAGGCUGUCCUCCAAAUGCGGUGGAUCUCUGGCCACUUUGCUCAGGUCGGCAGGUCGUACCCCAGGUAUGAAGGUCUGGAAGAGGCUCAUUGCCGUCCAGACCUGAGUCUUCUGUGUGUCUCCAGCAUGCACUACCAUCGUGGAUGACAGGCAGGGUGUCCCCACGGCUUAAUGUUGCAGAUUAAAAACACUGACACGCUUGUGGCGUGCUGUGGCGUUUGUGAUUUUUGACACUGAAAAUCUGCUGCAGUCCUCUGCAGUGACUGAGGCAGGGGCUACAGACCCCAAAGCAUCUACGGGAAAGCUGCCAUCACACACUCAUGCCCACACAGCCGUAGGUUUUCCCCCCAUCAUUUCCCCUUGGUGCUGCUAACAGGGCUCCCAGCUUCUGGCCCUCGGUGACCCUGCAUUAAAUACAUUGUCAGGGAGAAAAACAGCAGCGUAGAAGCUGUCUGUCUAGAUAAUAGAACUUAUACCUCUGACUGUGAAUUUGACAGGGAGAAUGUGACCCCCGCCCCACCCAUCAGGGGGCUUUUUGUUGGCUGCACGGACACACUGUAGUUCUCUAAAGAGCAUGCAAACUCUGCUUGUGAUACCAAGGGGUGCCGCUGAAGCUGCUCUUCCCUCUGCCGUAUGUGUGUGUGUGUGUGUGUGUGUGUGUGUUUGGGUGCAUAUAUGCGUGGCAGGGCCAGGACAGCAAACACCUAACGGGCAUGGCGAAUCCGGCGAGCAGUAAGAUGACACCAGCGGGAAUUUCCAGUCCAUCCCGGGGGGUCAGCCGCACACCCCCCCUCCAAGCGUUUACAGCGUAAACAUCAGCAGUAUGCGGACAAAGAACUUUCAGUGGGCCUCAGUCCACAUGGGUCACAGCGCUUACUCUCAGGUCUGCUUCUUUCCCAUGCUUUCCACAUCCAUAUUUUUACAGUUUCCCCUCAAAUGGCGAAUUGUAUACUAUUUUUAUAAGAACUUGACAUUUCCUACAGUUUCAGUUGUAAAAUGUUUGUUAGAAGCAGGUUUCACAAUUGUACAUACUGUACCUUUUCAAAUACUUUUUGAAAGAAACAUAUUUUUGAUUGUGUGAAAUACAAACUUAUCGGGUUUUAAAGAAAACCGAGUGAAUGACCAUGUUCUCCUUGGAAUAAAACCUGCUGUUAGGAGAAUAAACAAACUUUGUAAUAUUUAGCUGAAGAA